AGAGGAGAGAGAGAGAGAGAGGGAGAGAGAGAGAGAAAGGGGAGGGAAUCGUCGAACGUGAUCUCCAUUACCCACCUCCGAAGCGCACAGCUAGAUCGAUCCAGAGCUCGAAGAGAGAGGGGGAGAGUGGGAGAGAGAGGGAUUCUAGGUUUUGCGGGGUGGGUUGCGGCGAUGGCGAGCCCUCGGCCGGGGCGAUUCGCCGCCGCCGCCGUGGCGGCUUCUUCCGGGAGAGCCGCGUCCCCGGCGCCCGGUUCUUCUAGGGCUCAGCCACAGAGCCCCCUCGGCGACCAGGCCAUCUGGCGGCGCCUCCGGGACUCCGGGUUCGACGAGGAGUCGAUCAAGCGGAGGGACAAGGCUGCUCUGAUCGCGUAUAUCGCGAAGCUUGAGGCCGAGAUUUUUGACCAUCAACAUCACAUGGGCCUCCUUAUACUGGAGCAAAAGGAGCUUACUUCCAAGUACGAGCAAGCUACAGCCUCUGCUGAGGCUGCUGAGUUAAAAUACAAACGUAACCAAGCAGCCCAUGUAUCUGGUCUGGCGGAAGCUAGGAAGAGAGAAGAGGCAUUAAGGAAGUCUCUAGGAGUUGAGAAAGAGUGUAUAGCAAGUCUUGAGAAGGCCUUGCACGAGAUGCGUGCUGAAUCUGCUGAAACGAAAGUUGCUGCUGAAAAUAAGUUGUCUGAAGCUCACUCAAUGGUAGAGAAUGCUCAAAAGAAGUUUACUGAAGCUGAAGCGAAGCUUCAAGCAGCAGAAUCUUUACAGGCUGAGGCAAACCGGUAUCAUAGACUUGCUGAAAGGAAGCUGCAAGAAGUUGGGGCACGGGAAGAUGACCUGACAAGGCGCAUUCUAUCUUUCAAAUCCGAAUGUGAUGCAAAAGAGAAUGAGAUCUCCCUAGAGAGGCAAUCUUUAGGAGAGAGGCAAAGAAUUUUGGAACAAGGAGAAAAGAGAUUACUUGAUGGACAAGCUUUGCUAAACCAGAGGGAAGGAUAUAUAUUUACCAGAUCACAAGAAUUGGAUCAACUAGAAAAAGAAUUAGAGGCCUCCAAAGCUAACAUUGAAAAACAGCGCGGAGCCUUGUAUGAUGAGAAAUCUGAUUUGGAGCUCAGAGUAGCUUCACUUGUGGAGAGAGAACAGGAUCUUUUGAGAAAAGAGGUUUCACUGAAUAAAAAAGAGCAAGAGCUGCUUGUUUUACAGGAAAAGCUUGCCAGCAAGGAGUCAGAUGACAUACAAAAAGUAAUUGCGAAUCAUGAAGCUGUUUUGCGGUCAAGGAAAGCUGAAUUUGAGUCGGAGAUGGAGAUGAAACGUAAACUAGUUGAAGAUGAAAUCGAGGCUAAGCAACGGGCUUGUGAGUUGAGGGAGAUGGACAUCACUCAUCAGGAGGAUCAACUAAGAGAGAGAGAGCAUGAUUUGAGCAUUCAGAUAAGGUCCUUGAUGGAGAAGGAGAAGGAUGUCAAAGAGAGGUCGGAUAGUCUUGAUGCAAGAGAAAAAAACUUAGGUUCUGCAGAGGCAGAUUUUGAGCUUAGGAAGGAUAUCCAACAGAAGGAGAAGGAAGAAAUUAACAAACUGAAACAAGAUCUUCAGAAGUCUUUGGAUUUGCUGGAAGACAAAAAGAAGCAAGUUGAUAGUGCAAAGGAUAAGUUGGAGGUUAUGAAAAAUGAAACAAGUGAACUAUCGGUUUUAGAGAUGAAACUCAAAGAGGAGCUUGAUAGGGUCAGGGCUGAGAAACUGGAAGUUAUGGCAGAGGCAGAUAAGCUAAAACUAGAGAAGGGAAAAUUUGAGUCUGAGUGGGAAUCAAUUGAUGAAAAGAGAGAAGAACUGAAGAAGGAUGCUGAACGAAUUGCUGAGGAGAGAGUGGCUGUUGCUAAGUUUCUCAAGGAUGAACGUGACAGUCUGAGAAUAGAGAAGGAUGCAAUGCGCAAUCAAUACAAACACGAUGUUGAGUCGCUUCGUCUCGAGAGAGAAGAAUUCAUGAAUAAGAUGGUGCAGGAGCGCUCUGAGUGGUUCAGCAAGAUUCAGCAGGAACGUGUAGAUUUCUUGCUGGAGAUUGAAGUGCGAAAGAGGGAGUUGGAGGACUGCAUUGACAAAAGGCGUGAAGAAUUAGAAAGCUCCUUGAGGGAAAAGGAAAAAGCUUUCGAGGAAGAAAAGAAGAAUGAACUUCAGCGUAUUAGUUCUCUUAAGGAAGCGGCUGAGAAAGAGUUGGACCGCGUUGCUUUGGAAAUGAAAAGGCUUGAGAGUGAGAGGAUGGAGAUUAACUUAGAUCGUGAGAGAAGAGAUAGGGAAUGGGCGGAAUUACAAAAUUCUAUUGAGGAGCUGAAGCUGCAAAGACAGAAAUUGGAGAGGCAAAGGGAAUUACUGCAUGUUGAUAGGGAAGAAAUCUGUACCCACAUCGAGCAGAUGAACAAGCUGGACGAUUUAAAACUAGCCCUAGAUCGGAAGGCUGUUGAGAUGCAACAAUCUGUUUCAGAGUCCAGGCAAAUGAUGAUAUCUGGGAAAAGACGUCCUAAGCAGUUAACUGCUGUGAAUAAUAAUAAUUCGAACUUGGAUGACAGAGUACAUGAAGUGGGCCAUGUCAAUGGACCUAAUUCACCACCUUUUCAGAAAGCUGGUCAUUCUUCUUCUCCCAGCUCUGCUCCUUUCUCGUGGAUCAGACGUUAUUCUGACUUAUUAUUCAGGUCUUCUGAGAAGCCCCAUUUGGCAUGUGAAAAGGAGCCUCCCGCAUCUAAGAAUGAUGAGCGGGCCACACCAAUGGUACGGCAGCCAGACUUUUUACUCAGAUAUGAUGUGCAGAAACAUGAAGAAAAGAAGAGGUUGGAAGGAAUUCCGGGAAUGAGUCGGCUGGAGAAACAUGUUGGGGAAGAAAAGACGAUAUUUGAAGUGCCAACUGGAGGUGAGGAUGCAAAUGAAGAAUCUGAAAAGAAGGAAACUACCAGCCAUAAGUCUUCUGAAUCCAUUACCGAAAAAGGGCUUCAAACCAGAAGAAAAAGAAGGGUGAAAGAUUUACUCCAAGAAGAUUCUGUUGAUAUUCAACCAGAGGAAAGGAAAAGCAAGAAGAACAAGGGAAUGCAAGAUGAUGACAGGGCUGAUCUCUCUGAUUUAGCCAACACCAAUCAUGUAAACGCAGGACAACCAUGCAUUGCUGAUGUUGAAGACGCCCCUCUAUCAUCCAGAGAGACUCGGGUCGUUGCUGAAGAGACCACAAUAUUAGUUGUUGAUAAAGUUGUUAAUAUUUUAGUGUCUUCUGAGAAAGAAAGCUUGCACCAACGUGUUAACGAAGGCAAUGAUGACCAUCUGCUGGAACCUGUAUUGAAAUCAAACAAGGAUCUUCUCGAAGGUGGAUCUGCUGGCGUUGAAUAUGUUCCUGGUGGUAAUGGCGUCCUCACACACAAAACAGCUUCAGAGGGUCAUGAUGCAUCAGCUAAAGCUGACCAGAUCCCUAGAGAUGAAGGUCUCAGCAAACUAGAUACUCAUGGGGAGGAUGGUUGAAAAACUGGAAAUCAGAGAGGGUCGUAGAACAAGUUAUAGGUGCCUGGAUAUAUAGAAGACAGUUUCUGAGUCAUUUGUAGAUGCAGAUAGGCAGAUGGUGCAGGAGGUCAUCAGCAGAGCAUAUAUUGGAGCUUGCUCUAACCCUUUGAGAUUGUAAAUGACUUUUAAUGUCUUGGUAUCCUUUCUUGUCAAUAUGCUAAGCGAUUGUUGGUGGCCUUAUGUGUGGGCUGUGUGGUAGUGUGCGUUUCUUUUGGGCUGCUUGUUGAUAAUUUGGUUAGAUAGGGGUGAUGAUGGGUAAAUCUGCCUGCUUGUUUUUCGGUUUUGAGCAGAUUUGAGGUUGUUAAUGGCUUGAUCAGUUUCUUUAUUUGUUAGUACUACUGGCAUGUUGAGAUUCCUGAAUGUGGAAAUUUCAUGUAUCAUUAUUUUGUC